UCUCCGAGAUUGAUUACAGCAGGAAGGUGUUGCUUGAGAAGCUCAAGGACUACAAAGGGAAAGAGCUCCAAGUACUGCGUGAGGCUUCGACUUUCGCUGGGGAAAGAGUUGACUAUGAGAACGAUCUUCUCCUUCCUCCUUACCAUGUUCACCCUCCUCUCUCCCUCGGUUUAGAUAACAACAAUGGCUACUUACCUCUUUUACCGUGUAAGCAGAAGAUAUCUGAUGAAAACGGGUUUGGGUCGGGGCAUGUGAGAAAGGAAACAGAGGUGGGAAGUCCCCAUGGAGUUGUUCGCUUCUUUGGCUCUGUUGCGAAGAUCAUGCUUCCGAUAAUCGGUGUGAUAUCCAUCUUGUUUGCUUCUGGAUAUGGGCCAGAGAUCAGAAAAAGAGGGAAGAGAACACCGAACCAAUGUCCUCCAGGGAAAGUUCUAGUGAUUGAAGACGGUGAAGCAAGGUGUCUUGUGAAGGAAAGAGUCGAGAUACCCUUUGACUCGGUGUUAGCCAAACGAGAUGUAACUUACGGAUACGGUUGAAUUGUAAUAACGCCCUACUCUGUAAUCUUCAUUGCCUCAUGAGUUUCAGUGUGUAAAGUUUCAAUCUGUUGUCUCUUUUAGAUGUGAAGCUACAAAACUCCCCCAAGGUUUUGUUCUUGCUUGUGCCUCUCAGCAUAUAAUCUUAGAUGUGAGAUCCAUUUGCAAGGUAGUAUUUAUCUUCUGAUAGUUAAUCAUAUGGUUUCAGUGUA